CCCCUUCCUUCUCCUCCGCUUUAUUAAAAAAAAUUAAAAUUAAAAUUAAAAGAAAAAGUUGCAAAAGUCACAUGGUCUUCUUCUUCUUCAUACAUUAUUCUAUUAUAAAACUCUCAUUCUCAUGUGCCCACUUUCUUUACAGACUUUCUAAACCAAACUCUCAUCAUCCUCAACCAUCGAAGACCACCACCAACCGAGAGAUGAGCUCCGUCGAUCUCUCUCUCAUCCGACGGCCGACCUCCUCUUUCUGUCGCCGAUCAUGCUAGCUUCCGUCUCCGCCGCCGCCACUUCCAUCUCUUCCUGGCUCCGCAGUCGUCGGAUCCGCUACCUAUUCCUCUUACUCUGCUCACCGGUCCUUCUCCCUUUCCUCUGCGCCACUUUCCCCUUCCUCUGUGCCGCUGAGCUCUGCCUUCGCAUCUGCCGCCGACGCAGCCGUAACCGGAGGAAGAUUGCCGACGAGUUGGAGGAGGACGAUCGGCUCCGGCGAUGCGAGGAAGGGUGCUGCGGCGGGCAUGGGCCGGACGAGGGAGGAGGAGUGGGGCUUUUGCAGAGGUAUUUGGAAGAUCAGCUUCUUCUUGUUGGAUCUAUGUACGAUUGCGGUGACGAUGGGGAGAUCGCAGAUGGUUUCGACUCUGAUUUUUUCUCUCAUCCUGGAAUUGGUGAUGGUUUCGCGGCUUCUCUUUUGAACUGAUUUUUCUUAUUUUGGCUUUUUUAUUAUUUUGUGUAAAUUGACAGAAAGUUUUAGUAUAGACUGAUGCUGAUUGUCCUUAUUAGUGUUCUUUCGUUCUGGGGCUUUUCUUGAUUCUUGUUUUCGAGCUUUGGGGAUUCUUUGAAAUUGUGAAUAUCUUUAUUUUUAGUUUAAAAUUUAAGUAUCUUGUUCAUUAUUA